AUGGGCCUCAUCGGAAAUGUCCUCUACUACUCUUUCCACCCCUCGGAAUUGAGGGCCAUAAUGCAAUGGAAAGUCUGGCACAUCCCCGUUCAUCAACGUAACGAGAAGGACGAAACCGAAACACAAAAGACCUGCUUCAAAUUCCUGGACAAGACUAGCCGAAGUUUCAGCGCCGUCAUCAAGGAACUCCAUCCCGAGUUGCUGCUCCCUGUGUGUCUGUUCUACCUGAUCUUGCGUGGCUUGGAUACCGUCGAGGAUGACACCUCGAUUCCUCUUGCGACCAAGGAGCCUUUGCUUCGCGACUUCAAGGACUUCCUCGAACAGGAUGGCUGGACCUUCAAUGGCAACCGGCCAGAGGAGAAGGACCGGGAGCUGCUGGUUCAGUUCCACAACGUCAUCACCGAGUUCAAGAACUUGAAGCCCGCCUACAAGGAAAUCAUCAGGGACAUCACCGACAAAAUGGGCAACGGUAUGGCCGACUAUGCCCGCAAGGCCGAAUCCGACGAUGCGAGCGUCAUAACCAUUGAGCAGUAUGACUUGUAUUGUUACUACGUGGCCGGUUUGGUCGGUGAAGGUCUGACCCGUCUGUUCAUCGAGUCGGAGUUUGGCAAUCCGGGAUUGUUGAAGCGCGAUCAACUGCACAAAUCCAUGGGGCUCUUCCUGCAGAAAACGAAUAUCAUCCGUGAUAUCCGGGAAGACAACGAUGACGGCCGCCGCUUUUGGCCCAAAGAGAUUUGGUCCAAGCACGUCAACGAUUUUGACGACCUUUUCAAGCCGGAGAAUCUCGAUAGCGCUCUGAACUGCAGCUCCGAGAUGGUCUUGAAUGCACUGGAACACGUUGAGGACUGUCUUUUCUACCUCGCUGGUCUGCGUGAGCAGAGCGUGUUCAACUUCUGUGCGAUUCCCCAGUCCAUGGCCAUUGCUACCCUCGAACUGUGCUUCCGCAACCCAGCAAUCUUCCAGCGCAAUGUCAAGAUCACCAAGGGUGAUGCUUGCCAGCUGAUGAUGGAGUCGACUCAAAACCUGCAUCUGGUCUACCAGGUGUUCCGCCGGUACGCUCGCCGGAUUCACAAGAAGAACUCUCCGAAGGACCCGAACUUCCUUAAGAUCAGUCUUGUUUGCGGACGUAUUGAGAAAUUCGCCGAAACCAUCUUCCCAAGCCAGUCCGCCGAGGAAGCUCAGCGUCGCUUGACUGGUGCGGUGACUGAGGAGGAGGCACGCAAGGCCAAGGAAGAGGCCGAAGCGCGCCAGGAUGUCUACUUCAUCAUGGGCCUUAUGGGUGUCGUUGUGUUGAUCGUUGCGCUGACUAUGACUGGAUUUGCCUGGUACAUGGGCGCACGCUUUGAUCUCGCCUGGAAGGAGUUGAAGAAGGGCAACUUCCGUCCCCCCCAGCACCUUCGCGGGGCCACAGGAACCCACCAAGAGUUAUAG